AUGCUGGCCGUGUUUCGGGCUCUGAAACACUUCCUCCCGGACCUAAGAGACCGCCAUGUGUUGGUCCGCACCGACAACACCUCGGUGGUCUCUUACAUCAACCACCAGGGAGGCAGGGGGCUCCAUUCUUCACCCCCGGCCGGAGCUGUGGAAGCUUUGGGUGUGGCCUCUGAGGGGGCACACCUCUUAGCUUCCGGUCUCUCAACUGAGGUUGUUGAGACCAUCCUCCAGUCUAGAGCUCCCUCCACGAGGAAACUGUACGCCUUGAAGUGGAAACUUUUCACUUCUUGGUGCGGACACCGCCAGCAAGACCCAGUUAACUGCCCAGUUGGUUCAGUGCUGGAGUUCCUGCAAAGCCGGUUGUCUGCAGGGUUAUCCCACUCCACCUUGAAGGUCUACGUGGCGGCCAUUGCGGCCUACCACGCCCCUCUCGGUGGGCUUUCCGUGGGUAGGGACCCCCUUGUUACACGUUUCCUCCGCGGUGCACUGAGGCUGAGGCCUCCGGUACGACCUCGUGUCCCUACCUGGGACCUGUCGGUGGUGUUAGAGGCUCUCUGUAGGGCUCCCUUCGAGCCUAUCGAGGAAAUUUCUGACAGAUUUCUUACUCUUAAAACUGUCCUUCUUUUAGCACUUUCCUCCCUUAAGAGAGUUGGGGAUCUUCAGGCCCUCUCUGUGGCCCCUUCCUUCCUGGACUUCGCGCCAGGCCUGUUGAAAGCUUUUCUUUACCCUAAACCGGGGUAUGUCCCUAAGGUCCCCUCCUCUACACCACGGCCUGUCGUACUUCAGGCCUUCUGUCCUCCUCCCUUUCUGGAUGCUGACCAUCAGAAGCGUAAUUGUAUGUGUCCGGUGCGAGCACUGGAUGCAUACGUCCACAGAGCUGCCAGGUGGAGAAAGUCAGACCAGCUGUUUGUCUGUUAUGGCCCCCCAAAAAGGGGCCUCCCUGCUUCUAAGCAAACUUUAAGUCGCUGGGUAGUGGACGCUAUUUGUUCUGCUUAUGAGUCCUCUGACCUUCCUCCUCCUCUGGAGGUCAGAGCCCACUCUACCCGGAGUAUGGCUGCCUCCAAAGCUUUUCUUGCUGGGGUCCCCAUGCAAGAUAUCUGCAACGCUGCGGGAUGGUCCUCACCUUUGACCUUUGUCAGGUUUUAUGAACUUGACCUGCGGGUCUCGCCUGGUGCCUCUGUCCUUCGCCCUAGCACUUCCUAGGCAGGGACUAGGGGUCUGGCGGCGUGGGCAUCUCGUUCCCAAAGCGUUUCGACGCGGCUCGAGUUCCUGAAGGGGAACGUCUAAGGUUACGUAUGUAACCCCGGUUCCCCGAAGGGAACGA